CUGGACGGGCUGACUGGCAGUAGCCGGCCCGUGUAGGGGGGGGCACCGCGAUGCUGGCCUGCCUGAUGAGCAGGCCUCUACCGCCGGGUCUCACGCGCCUGCUCGGGGCCGGGACGAGGCGCCCGUUGGCGACACGCGGAGCCUCGGCGCGGGAGCUGAACCGGGCAGGAGCCGCUGAGGCCUUCGCGGCCGGGCACGAGGAGCUGCACUACCCCGGCGAGACCGCUAGGGGUCGCCGGGAGCCAGACGUGCCGCGGCUGCGGCGAGAGUGGGACGCGGAGGAGAGAGCGGCCGCGCUGCAGAGCCGGCACCUGGCCGCUAAGGGGCGCUGCGAGCACGAGAUAUGGUCGCCGUCCGAGGCCGUGGCCAGCAGGGGGCCGAACCUGCAGGAGCUGGGCGCGGCCGGCAGGGGGAGCCAGGGGGCAGCCUGCGAGGCUGGCAUGGCCCUGGGGGGCAUGAAGGGGGCAGCGCUGCCCUCCUGCCCCGAGGGGGGCUGGCUGCCCCGGCUGCCCUGCCCGGACAAGGAGGAGCCCCAGGCCCUGGCCAAGGAGCCCAGCCGGCUGCGCCUGUGGCCCAACCCGGAGCACGCGGGCCACCGCCGGAACCGAGAGAGCCACCGCAGCCGACGGGUCAGGAUCCCCGCCUUCACCGCCACGGCCGUGGCAGCCGCGGGGCUGGCGCUCUGCUACAGCAAGGGCCACGUCUCCAAAGAGGAUACUCUGCUGGAAGCUGCCAGAAUCAACAAUAUUUCCGAAGUGGACAGGUUGUUGCAGGAAGGAGCCAGCGUGAACGCCCGGCACAAACUUGGCUGGACAGCUCUGAUGGUAGCGGCUAUAAACCGAAACUCCAGUGUGGUAAAGCUCUUGCUGACGGCUGGAGCCGACCCAAACCUGGGCGAUGAGUUCAGCAGCGUCUACGAAACGGCCAAAGAGAAGGGGCUGCAUUCCCUAGAAGUUCUGGUCACCCGGGAGGAUGACUUCAACAACCGUUUGAACAACCGGGCCAGUUUCAAGGGCUGCACAGCUCUGCACUACGCCGUGCUCGCUGACGAUUACCCCACUGUCAAGUUGCUGCUGGAUGGAGGUGCCAACCCCCUGCAGAGAAAUGAAAUGGGGCACACGCCCAUGGAUUACGCCCGGGAGGGAGAAGUCAUGAAACUCCUGAAAACGUCUGCGACAAAGUUCCAAGAAGAGCAGCACAAGAGAGAAAUAGAGGAACGGCGAAGGUUUCCGCUGGAACAGAGACUCCGAGAACAUAUCAUUGGCCAGGAGAACGCUAUAGCAACUGUUGGGGCUGCCAUCCGGAGAAAGGAAAAUGGCUGGUAUGACGAAGAGCAUCCUCUGGUUUUCCUCUUCUUGGGAUCAUCAGGGAUAGGUAAAACUGAGCUGGCCAAGCAGACCGCCAAGUACCUGCACAAAGAUGUCAAGAAGGGUUUCAUCAGGCUGGACAUGUCAGAGUUUCAGGAAAGGCAUGAGGUUGCCAAGUUUAUCGGCUCCCCUCCAGGCUACGUCGGCCACGAGGAAGGCGGGCAGCUCACAAAGAGGCUCAAACAGUGUCCCAACGCAGUGGUCCUCUUCGACGAGGUGGACAAGGCCCACCCGGAUGUCCUCACCAUCAUGUUGCAGCUGUUUGAUGAAGGCCGGCUGACGGACGGGAAGGGGAAGACCAUCGACUGCAAGGAUGCCAUCUUCAUCAUGACGUCCAACGUGGCCAGCGACGAGAUCGCCCAGCACGCCUUGCAGCUGAGGCAGGAGACCACGGAGCUCAGCCGGAAGAGGAUUGCCGAGAAACUGGAUGACGUCCAGAUGACAGACAAGAUCACCAUCUCCAAGCAGUUCAAGGAGAACGUUAUCCGCCCCAUCUUGAAGGCUCACUUUCGAAGAGACGAGUUCCUAGGAAGGAUCAACGAAAUCGUCUAUUUCCUCCCCUUCUGUCACUCGGAGCUCAUCCAGCUUGUCAACAAGGAGCUGAGCUUCUGGGCCAAGAGGGCCAAGGUGAGGCACAACAUCACUCUAUUGUGGGACAGGGAGGUGAUGGACGUGCUGGCAGACGGCUACAACCUGCACUAUGGUGCCCGGUCCAUUAAGCACGAGGUUGAGCGCCGGGUUGUCAACCAGCUGGCUGCUGCCUACGAGCAAGACCUCCUGCCACGCGGGUGCACCUUGCGGAUCACGGUGGACGACUCCGACAAGCAGCUCCUGAAAGCCAAAGGCAGCUCCGUGGCCCAGGAGGGCCAGAAGAAAGGUCCGACGCUGAGGCUGGAGAUCGUGGAGGACAGCAAAAGCCGCAAGCUGGACAUUCAGGCCCCCCUGACGCCCGAUCAGAUGUCCUUUCCCUUGUAGGCAUCAUAGUUGCCGUGGGCUGCCCGCCACCCGUGGGGCGCCCACUGCAGAGUUGCAGAAUGUGGUCAGUAAUAAAAACAAUCAUGAGACUUGGACAAGUCGCGUGUCGCUAGUGAUGCGGGAGGCCCGGGCCUCUCCCGAGGAGGCCCAGAGUUCCCUGUGGCUCACAGCACAGGUGAAGCAUCGUUGGGCCGGGAUGGCCCUGCAGGAAACCAGCAGGAGGGUUGAGCCUGCCGCUAGGGAGGAGGACUGGGGAGCUUUUGUUGUUCCCUCAGGGGAAGGAAAGGAUGAGCUUGCUCGUUUCUUCCGAACUGCUGUGCCUGCCUUUGUCCUCCUGCCCCCCAGUCGCAAACACGACACUGCAGAACGUGUUGGACGUGGGUCCGUGGCUCAAGCAGCCCUUUUGGUUAUGAAUUGGUUGAUAAAAGGUAUAGGGUUUCGUCCCAGCCACAUUGGCACCACCCAGAUCUCUUAAUUUAUUGCAAUAAAUGUAAAGUGUACAUCAAA